UCAAAAUAAAUGGUCCGAUUCAUUUUAAUUCUUAUUUAUUAAUAAACAUUGGGUGCCUUGCCACACACUGUACCUAAUUUUGAAUAGAUUAUAGAUGGUAAGUAAUCCGAUUAUAAGAAAAACCUCCAUUCCAUAAACAUAAUAAUAUAAUAAUAAAAAUGUAACUUCAAGAUUUACAUUUCGUAGAACGAAUAAUAGCCAUAGAUAGUAGGUACUAAGAACGUGCGCCGACACAAAGUAUCUACAUUGAUUAUUGCGAUCACAUAUAAACAGUAAACACUACACAGUAGGUAUACACACCGUGACACCGUGUCAUUCUCUCAUAUUCACAGUGUCAGUUACAUUUUUAUAAGCCAAAAGCAAAAUGGAGCAAAAAAAAAGAAAAUUACCAGCAACUAGCAGUACUUUAUUGAAUUUUUUUAAAAAGAAGCCUGGGCCUGACGAAAACAUAGAGAAAUCUGAUGAUGUAUCACGUGAAAAAUAUCAUGUUGAAAAUAAAAAUUUGAUUCAAGCUGUCCAAGAAACAAAUAAGAGAGAACAUUUUGAUGCUCGUAAAAAUGACAUUGCUUUGUUUAUUAAACGUGAUUUGUUAUCAGACGAAGAAAAAAAUACCGUACUUACCAAUUUAUGGUUACCAAAUCAUAAUUAUGUAUUUCCAUUAAAUGAAAAAAACAAAAAAAGAGGUUUAAAAUUUCAGCAUAAAUGGCUGAACGAAUUCAAUUGGCUUGUUUAUUCGGAAGUUGAAGGUGGAGCUUUUUGUAAGCAUUGUGUUGUUUUUGCAAAAACCGGUGGAAUAGGAAAUCAACCUUUAAAAUAUUUGGUUACUGAAGUAUUUGAUAGUUGGAAAAAAGCUAAAGAGGUAUUUCGAAAUCAUUCUGCAUUAGAGUACCACACAUUUUCUGUUUUGAAAUCUGAUGAAUUUUUAAAAAUAUAUUUAAAAAAAGAGCCAACAAUAGUAGAAAGACUGGAUACAGAUAGAAUUAAACAAAUCAAGGCGAAUAGAGAGCGACUCAUUCCAAUCGUUGAUUGUGUCAUACUUUGUGGUCGUCAAGAGAUUGCUCUACGAGGGCAUAAAGAUUAUGGAAAAAUUGAUAUGGAAUGUUCAUUAAAUCAAGGCAACUUUAGAGCCAUAUUAAAGUAUAGAGCAUGUGGUGAUGAGAUGUUAAAGCAUAUCAUUACAAGUGAAGGACGAAACAAAUACCUAACUCCUCAAAUCCAAAAUGAAAUCAUAACGGCAUGUGGGGACAUUAUGCUGCGAAAAAUAGUUAAGGAUGUAAAUGCUUCAAAAUGUUUCUCAGUUUUAGUUGACGAGACUACUGAUAUUUCUACUAUUGAACAAAUGGCUAUGUGUGUUCGAUAUGUUGACGAUAACGAUUGUAUCCAUGAGAGAUUCCUGAAAUUUAUUACUAUUAACAGUUUAACUGGUUGUGAUUUAGCUGAAUCAAUACUCAACGGUCUGAAUAGUUGUGAAAUUAAUUUAGAAUACUUAUAUGGUCAAGGAUAUGAUGGUGCAAGCAACAUGUCUGGCCAAUAUAAAGGUGUUCAGGCAAUUAUCAAAAAAAAAUAUCCUAAAGCUAUAUAUGUGCACUGUGCAGCACACGCUCUAAACUUAGCAGUAUCAACUGCAAGUGGAAUUCAACCAGUUAGAAACUGCUUAAAUAUUAUCGAAAAGUACUAUGUUUUCUUUAAUACACCAAAACGCCAAAAUGUUCUUUUAACCAGCAUUGAAAAUAGUAAUGAGGAUCCUAAGGUUAAAACUUUAAAAAGAUUAUGUGCUACACGAUGGGUGCAGCGUUAUGACGCGGUUACAGAUUUCAUUGAACUAUUUGCAUUUGUAGUUGAAUCAUUAGAAAAUAUUUCUAAUUGGAACGAUUCCACAGCAACGGAAGCUAAUAUACUAUUAAAAGCUAUUGAUUCAGAAUUUCUUAUAUCCUUACAAGUUAUACAAUUGGUUUUUUCUUUUGGUUUACCAUUGUGUAAGUUGCUACAAAAAGAACAAAUUGAUUUGAGAGAAGCAGUAAGCCUUGCUGAAGAUAUUAUAAAUGUAUUAAAAAAUAUCAGAUUAAAUUGUGAUACUGAAUUCCACAAAUUGUUUUUGCUUGCAAAAGAGAUGUCAGUAAUUAUAGAUAUAGACUUGAGUACUAAAAGAAUAUCUAAACGACAAGUAAAUCGAGCAAAUCCAGAUCCCAAUUUAAGUGUUGAAGAAUACCACAAAGUGUCAGUAUUUAUACCCUACCUGGACUUUUUUAUACAACAACUAGGAGAAAGAUUUUCAAUCCAUUCUGAAAUUUUUAUAGGAUUUCAAAGUCUAUUUUCCUAUACAUUCUCUUCUAAUGAGGAGGUAUCAUUUAGAAAAUUACUUGAAUUUUAUUCACCUUCUUUGGAUGUGAACAACUCAAUUGCAGAAUUGAAAUUGUGGAAAAUAAAACUUGAGCGAAUAAACAAUAUUCCGAAAACUGCAAUUGAAGCAUUACAUGUGUGUAAUGCCAAUAUUUAUCCGAAUGUGCAUUUUAUUUUAAAAAUACUAUGCACACUUCCUGUGUCUACAAGUACGCCUGAAAGAAUGUUUUCCAGUCUUAAAAGGAUAAAAACGUAUCUUCGAAACAGUAUGUCCGAGAAAAGACUUAAUGGUCUGGCAAUGUUGGCAAUUCAUAAUGAUAUUACAUUUUCAAAUGAAGAGGUCAUUGAUGAACUUGCCAAAAAGCCUAGGAAUCUGGACAUAAUAUUGUAAAAUAUUAAAACAUUUUAUAACAUAUUUGUA